UGGCUGCCAUUUUCUGAGCCAGUCCAGACAGAGCCGGAGGACGCGCAGCUAUGACAAGCGAGGAGACCAAGACGGCCCCCGCCGCCCCCGCUGAGCCGGAGAAGGCCCCCGAGAAAGAGACCAAGGAGGCCCCGAAAGAAGAGGUCAAAGAGGAGGUGAAGGAGACGAAGGAGCCGGUGAAAGAAACGCCAAAGGUGCACAAGACCGACUUUGAACAGGACAUCGUGUACCUCUACCAGUUCAGCCGGACGCCCUUCCUCCCCUCGCUCUCGCCCUACUGUCUUAAGGUGGAAACUUGGCUGCGCCUCGCAGGGUUGAAAUACGAGAAUGUGGACCACAAGAUCAAGUUCCGCUCCAAAAAGGGCCAGCUGCCGUUCGUCGAGCUGAACGGCGAGGAGAUCGCUGACUCCGCCAUCAUCAUUAAGGAGUUAGGCGCCAAGUUCGAGAAGGACCUGGACAAGGACUUGACCAAUGAACAGAGGACUCUGAGCCACGCCAUGAUCUCCAUGAUUGAAAAUCAUCUUUUCUGGGUGGUCAUUUGGUGGAGGUCAAAGAAUCCGGACAGCAUGCUCAAAGGCUACAAGCUGAACCUGCAGCAGGCGAUGGGAACCAAAAUCCCCAACGGAAUCCUCAACUUUAUCUUCAAGUUCAGCUUCUCUCGCAAGGGCAGCAAGAAGGUUAAGGCACAGGGCAUCGGCGUUCACAAACCAGAGGAAAUCCUUGAAUUCGGCAAAAAUGACCUUCAGGUUUUAUCCAACCUGCUUGACGACAAACCUUUCUUCUUUGGCGACGAACCUACCAAUCUCGAUCUUGUCGCGUUUGCGAAUUUGGCGCAGAUUUAUUUCAUUGAUAAGGAAGUGGACUACGCUCUACGCGACUUCAUGAGUGAGUCGUGUGCCAACCUGGUCGGCCUGGUGAACCGUGUCAAGGAAAGGUGCUUCUCCGAUUGGGAUGAUAUGUGCACCAACCUGGACCUGAACUCGCACCUGCCCAAGCCGCCGCCAAAGGAGGAGGAGAAGCCCAAGGAGGAGGAGACCAAGAAGGAGGAAACCAAGGACGAGAAGGAAAAGGACAACAAGGAGAAGGAGGAAAAGGAGGAGAAGAAGGAGGAGGAAAAGGACAAGGCGGAGAAUGAGAAGAAGGAUGAUGCUGAGAACAAGGAGCAAAAGUGAAUGCUCUGCGAGAACUGAUGCAACAGCCGGCAGCCUCGGCCGGAGGCGCGGCCGCGGCCGGCCCCCGUCCGCGGGGGCGGCGGUGGCCGAUGCCUCCGCUUGCCGCCUCAUCUCCUUUUAUAUCAGACAUUUUUAACGAGGAGGCCAAUUUUUGUGUAGCUUUUUAAGAUUCCCGGCGCGGUGCCCCCCGUGUCGCCGCAUGGCAGCCCCCUCGACCACUUGGCCCCUCGCCACUCGGAGGAGCACGGGGUCGCGGGGGCGGAGCGGCCCCGGGCGGGCGGCGCGCCGUCAUGAUGCAUUUUGUAAUGAAGAUUGACGAUGAGAGAAGUUAGUGUUUAAGAAUAUUUAGUCACAUGUGGUAUUUUUAUUUUAUUUUUGAGAGACAUGAUUUUAUGAACCGCUAAGUAGAUGAUACUCUUUAAUUUUAUCGCUAUUAUUGAUUAAGUAUUACUACCAUUACUACGACGAUAUAAUUAUUAAUUAAACCAAAAGAAUCUCAUUCCCGACGACUCGGUGCCCCCGAAAGUCCUCCCUUCUCUGUCUAGCUGUACGCGCAAGGGGCUGGAGGGGGGCGGGGGCGCGUUUGGCUCUCUUCUCUCAUUGUUUGGCAAUACUCAGCCCUCGCCCCCCACCGGUCCUUUUCUCUCAUGACACGGAAACACACAACACACACAAAACUCAUGCUACAAUUUUGUGUUAAAUGUACGCAAAUUACAACUCGAAAAGAAAUAAAUAAUAAAACCAAAUUAAAAUCUCAA